AUGCCUCUCGUAGUCCCCGGUAUCCAGUCCAAGGAUGGAAACUCCAAGGAGGAGUGGAUGACCAAGCUCAUGGGCAAGAAGAUUGGCGAGCAGCACGAUGAAGUGACUUUCGCAAAGACCGAUCUCCCAGAGAAGCACCGCGUCCUCGGACCCGACUCGAUGAAGACUAUGGAUUUCAACCCAGACAGGCUGAAUGUACACGUCGAUGAGGACGGUACCGUCAAGGACAUUACCCACGGUUAA